AUGUGCAGCGCUCCUGUGGACCUCUCGUUCAAAUGCAUCGGCUCGUUAGAAGAUGCACUGACAGAGGAACCCAGUGCAGGCUUGCGGCCUUUGAAGAGAGACGCUACAAAGAAGUAUGUAAGUCGCUCUCUGCGUCUCAGUAACAACAUCAUCAGUGACCUAAGCCACCUGCACGCCAUUAUCAACCACUUCCUGGCCGAGCCAUCACGGCUUGCCUGGGUGGACCUCUCCUUCAACGACAUCUCCAACAUAGACCCAGUGUUGUGUGAGCUACAUGAGUUGCGAAUCUUGUAUCUUCAUGGUAAUAACCUCUGUUCCCUGAUGGAGGUGGACCGGUUGGGAGUACUGCCUUCCCUACACACCGUUACUCUACAUGGAAACAGCAUAGAGAAUGUGAGAGGCUACAGGAGUCAUGUGAUUUCUGUCCUGCCUCACUUGAAGAUGAUGGAUUUCAGUGCUGUGACACCCACCGAGCGAGACAUAGCACAGAUCCUGCAACACCGCCACAACCGUAAAAAAGCCGCCCAGAGGGGCAUCAACUGA